AUGGAGUUUGAAGAGGGUUUCGAUUCAACACAAAGCUUAACUGAUUUUCAAUUUAGUAAUUGUGAUGAUCAUAUUUUUAGUUUAGAAAAUAAGACUAAAGUUUUGGAGCAAUUAAACAAAGUGACAAAUCAAGUUAUUCCAAAAACCGUUUACACUGAUGCUGAUCCAGCAAUAAGUGCAGCUUUGCAUUAUGAUAUUUGCUUGAAGUGCUUUAUCCUACAUGUCAGAGUUGGGCAGUCUGCUAUACACAGUCAAGGUUUACUGCCAGAAUUCAAAGUACUCAAUGAGUUGAAGAGCUUUUUAUAUGAUGCUUCUGAAAUAUUAUAUGAAUGGGAUAAUAAUGUAUCAGAAACAGCAGAUAUUCUGGAGAAUAGAUAUUUAGAAGAUAAUUAUGAAUGGCAUCAAACAUGUCUUAAGACAUUAUUGCAACCUCUACAACAUGAAGAUAUUAUGCAAAUUUGGACACAUUUGUUUCAUUUCUGUAUUCCUAAUGUAUUUACUUCUUCUUUGCAAAAAUCUGCUAAUGAGAAAUUUAUUUCAUCCAAAACACAUGAGUUAAAACUUUUGGAAGAAAAUAAAGAUGCUAGCAAUGUUGAAUCACAACCUGCUAUUACUAAUCUAUUCAUAACAAAACAUCAUGGUCGCUCACCUAAGUGCUACAAAAGUUUACUAGAACAUGUUACAAAUACUCAAAACAAUAAGCACAGUCCUAUUACAAAUAACAAUAGAACACAAGAAAAGAAUAGAAACAAAUGUGCUAACUGUAGAAAUUAUAGGCAUAAUGUUCGAACAUGCACUUACGAAGACUAG